AUGUUUCAGGUGGAGCACCAGUAUUCCUACAAGUUCUCAGUUGUGGUCUUAAGGGCAACCAAAGUGACAAAGGGAACCUUGGGUGAUAUACUCGACACUCCGGAUCCCUACGUGGAACUUUUCAUCUCCACCACCCCUGACAGCAGGAAGAGAACAAGGCACUUCAACAACAAUGUGAACCCUGUGUGGAAUGAGACCUUUGAAUUUAUUUUGGAUCCAGAUCAGGAAAAUGUCUUAGAGAUCACAUUAAUGGAUGCCAACUAUUUCAUGGAUGAAACUGUAGGGAGAGCAACAUUUCCUAUAUCAUCUCUGGAAGUGGGUGAGAAGAAGGAGGUUCCUUUCACUUUCAACCAAGUCACUAAAUUGAUUCUGGAAAUGUCUCUUGACCUUUGCUCAUCCCCGGACCUUCGAUUUAGCAUGACUCUGUGCAGGCAGGAGAAAAUUUUCACAAAACAGAGACAAGAAAAAGUAAAAGAGAAUAUGAAGAAAUUUUUAGGUCCAGAGAAUUGCAAAGGCUUGCAAUCCACUCGUGAUGUGCCUGUGGUUGCCAUAUUGGGCUCAGGUGGUGGCUUCCGAGCCAUGGUGGGAUUCUCAGGUGUGAUGAAGGCACUGUAUGAAUCAGGGGUUGUGGAUUGUGCUACCUACCUUGCUGGUCUUUCUGGCUCCACAUGGUACAUGUCAAUUUUAUAUUCUGAUCCUGAUUUUCCAGAGAGAGGGCCAAAAGAGAUUAAUGAAGAGCUAAUGAAAAAUGUUAGCCACAACCCACUUUUACUUCUCACACCACAGAAGAUGAAAAGAUACUUUGAGGCUUUAUGGAAGAAGAAAAGCUCUGGACAACCUGUCACCUUUACUGAUAUGUUUGGGAUGUUAAUAGGAGAAACACUAAUUGGCAAUAGAAUGACCACUACGUUAAGUAGUUUGAAAGAAAAAAUCUGUCCUGCAAAAUGUCCCUUUCCUCUCUUCACCUGUCUCCAUGUCAAACCUGAUGUUUCAGAGUUAAUGUUUGCAGAUUGGCUUGAAUUUAGUCCCUAUGAGAUUGGUAUGGCUAAAUAUGGUACGUUUAUGGCCCCUGAGUUAUUUGGAAGCAAAUUUUUUAUGGGGUCAGUCGUGAAAAAAUGUGAAGAAAAUCCUUUACAUUUCCUAAUGGGUGUCUGGGGCAGUGCCUUUUCUAUAUUGUUCAACAGAGUCUUGGGAUUUUCUAAUUCAUAUAAUACAGGUUCCACAAUGGAAGAAGAAUUAGAAAAUAUUAUAGCCAAACAUUUUGUAAGUAAUGAUAGCUCAGACAGUGAUGAUGACCCAGAAGAGCCCGAGGGCACAGAAAAUGAAGGUUCUAAAGUGGAGUAUCAAAAUGAGAAUCAAGAAAGUUGGGUUCAUCGAAAGUUGAUGGCCUUGGUGACCGAUUCAGCUUUGUUCAAUACUCGAGAAGGACGAGCUGGAAAGGUGCACAACUUCAUGCUGGGCUUGAAACUUAACACAUCCUAUCCAGUGUGUUCUUUGAGAGAUUUAAGCACACAGGAAUCCUUGGAUGAAGAUGAACUGGAUGCAGCUGUAGCAGAUCCUGAUGAAUUUGAACUAAUAUAUGAACCCUUGGAUGUCAAAAGUAAAAAGAUCCAUGUAGUGGACGGUGGGCUCACUUUUAACCUGCCCUAUCCCUUGGUUCUGAGACCUCAGAGAGGGGUCGAUCUCAUCAUUUCCUUUGACUUUUCUGCAAGACCCAGUGACUCCAGUCCUCCUUUCAAGGAACUUCUACUUGCAGAAAAAUGGGCUAAGAUGAAUAAGCUCCCCUUUCCGAAGAUUGAUCCUUAUGUGUUUGACCGGGAAGGAUUGAAGGAGUGCUAUGUCUUUAAACCCAAGAACCCAGAUGUGGAGAGAGAUUGUCCAACUAUUAUCCACUUUGUUCUGGCCAACAUCAACUUCAGAAACUACAAGGCUCCAGGUGUCCCAAGAGAAACUGAAGAAGAGAAAGAAAGAGCUGACUUUGACAUUUUUGAUGACCCAGAAUCACCAUUUUCAACCUUCAACUUUCAAUAUCCAAAUCAAGUAUUCAAAAGGUUGCAUGAUCUCAUGCACUUCAAUACCCUGAACAACAUUGAUGUAACAAUAGAAUUUGGAAGGAGGUUCCCAAGUCUUUGUUCUCAAAUACUCAUUAAUCUCAAAUUUCCAAUCUUUAAGUUAGCAGCUAGGAAUGUUAACUUCCUGAACCACGCAGGAACUUCUUAUUAG